AUGCUUGGCAAAUGGGGCCAAUAGUCAUUCUCUUUUGUGGUUGGCAUCAUCUUCCUUCAAUGGACAGUCCUGAUUCUUGCUGAUGAUGACUCCAAUGAUUAGACAAUAGAGGUGAUCUACCCUAGCAAUACCCCUUUUAUUUCAGGGUCUUUUUGACUCAUCAAUUUUAUCAACAACCUUUUGAAGCUUCUGGCUUUGGCAAGCUACUGACAAUGGAGGCUCUUCCAUUCCAAACCCCUGUUCAACUUCCGUUCACUCUCAGGUCUUCAAGGAAUUCCUCCAUUUAUGGCUUCGCUCAGCUCGUAUCGUUCAUACUUUUCGUGCAGGAAUUUGGAGUUAAUGCAUGCGCAAGACCAUAUUUGUUGUGCCGCAAAGUUGAUCUUUUUAUGCUCUUUCAUGGUUGAUAGUUGACAAAAUUCCAUGAUAAAACACCUCGUUUACUCACCAUAUGUUUUCUUACUUGAUUUUCAUAUGGAGUCCACUCUGGUUGGAGUUGAUGCAUGCACAUCUGACAUCUAUAUGAUUCAAAACCAACUAAUUAAACACAUUCUAGGUAUAGUUAUUGAUUCCAGUAGUAGAUGCCAAAAGCACACAGUUUCCAGCACAAGAAUAGGAUUCUUUUUUUUUUUACAAAGGUAUAUCGAGAUAAGAUUCAACCAGUUUCAUUUCACUACGUAUGAAGUAUUUCCAAGAUUGUUUCCAGGUGAUGCAAAUUGGAUGCCAAAGUGUUACUAAUUUACUGUUCCUUCUAUCUUGCAUUUACUAACCCUGUUAUAUCAUUUGCUUGAUAUCAAAGUAUGGACAGUGGAGAACCCAAAGAUGCCAUGACUAAAAACCUGCAUAGCAGAAUACGACCAUUAACAAUCCAAAAGGUGCCAAGGAGGGUGCUCUUGCGCUGGAUGGGAUUAAGUCCCAUGCUAUGUGUUUUCCCUGUUUUUGCUGCACCACUUCCAGAGAUGAAAGAACCUGAAGUAAUUCGGACAUUGAAACUUCCUAGUGGAGUGAGGAUUCAAGAGAUCGUUGAAGGGGAAGGACCUGAAGCUCGUGAAGGUGACCUGGUUCAAGUGAACUAUGUGUGUCGGCGUUCAAAUGGAUAUUUCGUCUAUAGCACUGUUGAUCAACUCAGUGGAGAAAGCAUGCCUGUUAUACUUCCUUUGGAUCAGAAAGAGUCCUGUAUUCACUACUGCACCAGAAUCUCUCUUCGAGAAUGUCUUCCUGACUCAAUUGUCGUCAUUGGACAGACUAUACAGGGGCUGAAGGAGGUUUUGGUUGGCAUGAAAGUUGGAGGGAAAAGAAGAGCAUUGAUUCCUCCUUAUGUUGGAUACAUAAAUGAAAACUUGAAACCAAUCCCUGACGAGUUCGGUCCUCGGCGUAGCCUUCUUUCUCAUGCACAAGAGCCUCUGGUCUUUGAGGUGCAGCUUCUGAAAGUGUGGUGACUGAAUGAAUCUUUGAUUUUGUUUUUGUAUAUUCUUGUGGCAUUUGAUCAGCCCAAAAAUACAUUUGGAUUCUUGAAUUGAAAGCUUUUCAAUCUAAAGGGGUUCCCAUCAUUUAGUUUCU